AUGGUCCCUAAAUAUACAAGGGAAGCACAUGAAUUCUUAACAUCUGAGAAAUUUGAACUACCAGAAUGUAACAACACCAGCAAGCCAAACAGCAGUGAAGAAAGGAUGGGCACAUUGAUAAUGAAAAUCAAAGAAAAGUUUGAACUGAUGAAUGAUGGGGAGAUAAGCCCAUCAGCUUAUGACACAGCAUGGAUUGCCAGGAUAUCAUCAUUAGAUAACCCAAAGAAGCCCCAGUAUCCAAUGACUCUGAAGUGGAUUAUUGAGAACCAGAACAAAGAUGGCUCAUGGGGAGAACCCAGUUCUUUCUUGCUCUAUGACAGGCUUGUGUGCACUCUUGCAUGUGUUCUUGCACUCAAGAAAUGGGAAGCAGGAGAAGAGCAGUAUAUAUAUAUUAAAAACCCUAAACGCGAUGCCCCUCUCGCCUCCAUCACAUCCCUCCGCCUCCCGCCGUCACUUCGUGCUCAUCUUCUUCUCUUCUCCGGCGAUAGGCGGCGCCUCCAAGCUUUUCAUGCUCCUCUUCAACCCCAUACCUCGCCUCUACCACUUUGCCCCCUCCGCCCUCUGCCAUCCUCGUUCCGGACCACUCUCCACCUCCGCCGGCCGUCGCCUUCUCCAUCCACUCUCUCUCUCCAUCUCACUCGAUUUCGCCAUGGAUGUAGAAUACGAUGUCAUACAUCGGCGAGUGCAUUCUCAGCGUCCUUCUCUCCUGUGAAGUGGCUUGAGAAGGACAACGUUAGGCUGUUCUCGCAUCAAAUUCCAGCUAGAAAGCUCACAGAUAUGGAGGGAGUGGACUUUCCGGGGGAGUGUUGGGAGCUAGAUCCUGCAUCACUCCCCGCUGAUUUGCUUCGCCUAGAGAUUGGUGAAAUAAAACCGCAGAAUGUUGCAGAAUGAUGAAAACUCAUCUUGUGGAAAGAAGGAAGAACACAAAAUCAAAAGUAGACUCAAACUAGUAUUUAGAGGUGUAAAUUAACAAGAGAUACUUGUAUUUAGAGCUUUGUUCUCAUUGUAAUUUUUUUUUUGAUGUUAUAUAAAUUCUUCUCUUUUUUUGAGCUAUAAUGGAAUUUGAUUCAUGAUUAAAAGAUCA